AUGAAUGCAGUUGAGCAGUCUCCCGAGCAGUCACUUGCGCCGAAUACGCUGGCGCAUUUGACCAGAGUUCCGAUAGCUCAGCUUUCUCCCGACCUUGAGCAAUUGGACGAAAAGUCUUUUCUUGCAGCUAUCGCACUUGUGUGGCCCUACUCCUCUUCGACCAAGUCUGUGAGUCUUCUGUUAGCGGAGCCGGAUUUCCGCCUGAGGGGCGCCAAAGGACAAAUCAAGGUCACGUUUCAUGGACACGUUGCGGAGAAAGUUGCGGAAUCGCACGUCGGAAUCGGUGAUACCGUUUGUCUCGCUCUGAAAGGUACCAAGUUUGUUAGCAACGAAGCUGUCCAGAAAACCCCGGGAAGGUCUGUCGCGUGGGAUGCGCACUUUGAGAAUGGGGUGUCUCUCGAGAUCUGCCGAUCUUCCCAACCCCCGUUGACAAUAUUGGUUGAUCAUCAAGUGGCAGCUCCACAUGAAACCGAACUAGCACCACCUGCAACUCCUAAUGGGAAAUCAAACAAUCCCGAACUCGGCCUGGCUUUCAGUGCACGUCCCUGGGGAUCACCUGUAUUCCUCAAGUCUACUCGAACCUCAUUCGGAGGAACCAUCCGUUCCGAUUUCGAUCCUUUUGCGGAAGAAGAUGGAUUUGUGCCAGGGAAAGGAAGAAAAAAGCCAAGAUACAGUUUGCACAGGGAAGAUUGGCGCAUUAUCAAUGAAUCAGAACCCUCCCAUGAGGAAGAAGCCCCUAUGGAUUGGGAACAGGCUUUGAAUCAAUCGAUCGAUCAAGAGCUCGACGAGGCAGAUUUGGCGAGUGAGCCCUCGGACGACCCAACGACAGAUGCUGCCCAAGCUCCAACCAACACAGAGGAUACAUCACAAGAGCCACCUCCGUUGUUCUUGAAGCCACCCCUGGAAUUGACUGAGAGCAUCCUUGAAAGACAUGCUGACGAGUCGAAUGUUUUGUCGCAUGAACAAGUUGAGAAUCAUGGGACACCUUUUCAUCUGCCAACGGAUACACCGCAGAUUCGACCCAUUCUAUCUCCGGGGCUUCCCAUUCCUUCGCCCCUUGUUUCUAGUCAUGGUGGCUCGGCUAGCUACUUCCUGCCCUGGACCACGCUCACACAGUCCAAAGAGAUUCGAUCUGUUCCUGUAGAAAUGAGCGCCAUAGCAACGCCCGCAGCAUCCUUGAUCGAAACCCAGGACACCGAUGCCAUCGAACCCAUUCACAAAGAGAUAGCGGAACCAGCUGUUCCGAAUAUUGAAGCCAUCCGGCAUGAACAUGCAUUCGAUUCCGGUUUUGUCUUUCUCGAUGAUUCAGCAUCACCUCCAGGCUCGGCAAGUUUACCGAAAAAACAGGAAUUUGAGACGAUCGACUCCUGCAGAGCUAUCUUGGAAACAGAUGUAGUUGAAGCUGACGUGACCAUCAAUUUCACCAGCGGCGAAGCUCAAAUGUCAAAUGAAGCAGCGCGUGGGCAUGCUUCCGAUGAUAACCCACCCCGCGACCUUUCAGUCCCACUUUCAAUUCCGGAAGGUAAAUCAGAUGAUUCCUUUGAUUUCAACGAAGAAUCCGCCGCCGCUGAAGCUAGCACUGGUACCGAAAAUGCCGUUGACGAAGCUUCAAAAUCAUUUAAAACAGAUGACGAAAGAAUUAUAGACCUGUGGGGCGAUGAUUCAGCCCCAUCUUCGUGCUCGGAUGAGAGCUCAGAUGAUGAAUCACUUGGAUCCUCACAGGAGAUGGAUGGCUCAGAUAUUGGCCAAGCUGAUCUUGGCAUAGAAACUGCCAGCAACAAUGUGGGGUCUCCUCAAUAUCCGGGUGGAUCUCAUGAGGAACAUUCUGAGCCAGAGUCCCAGUCGGUAAACUAUCCAAACCCAACCUCUGCCUUAAAUCAGGAUGCGAUCGAUGCCCUCGAAAGCUUGAUAACCGCCCGAGAUGAAGAAUUCGAAAGGAAGAGAGAGGAAACAGAAUUGGGAGAUGAAGUCGGUAGUUCACCCAGUCAAGGAUACAGUGAAGAAAAGGAGGAAACGCUCAAGGAUCAAGAAAUGCACUAUGCUGAGUCAGUGGAAAGUUACGAUUCACAAGAUGAAUAUGAAGAGCACGGGCAAUUUCCUUGUGAUCCGCGAUUGGACCAAGAUGACUUUAGUGUCGCUGGGUCCAGUGGUGAAAAGUCUGAGCAAGGACAGAACCUGCCUCCGCAGACGGAAAACCACGAAGUAAUCGUGCUUGACAGUGACAGCGAUGAUGAGCAUGCUUCCAAUUAUCCGGUGGCCUCAGCUUUCCAGCCAAAAGAACAAGAGGAUCACUCACACUGCCUUGAAUCCGGACAUCCAGCUGUCCCUCCAGCUGCAGCCGAUUUUUCAACCGGUAUAUUGGAAUAUCCAGAGCCAUGGUAUGUCGGUGGAGAGGAUGGCUAUCACCGAGCUGUGGAAGAUGAUUCAGAUGUUGUUCAGCGCCAAGAAAGUGAGGAAAGUGAAGAGCGUGAAUACAACCAACAAGAUGGUCGAGUUGACGAGAGUGGCAUGGAUGAUGACGAGUCCACCCGAGACCACCACGAAACGGUGCAUCCAUCUGAUGUGGCAUCACCCAGCCCUGAGCAGGACGAAGAUGAAGACAUGGAAGAUGUGGAGCUCAACGAAGAAGCUGACAACAACGAAUAUUAUGCUACGGCCGAACUUAGCGCAGAUGUAGAAGUGUCUGUUAAUCGGGACUCUGAUGAGGGGCAAUCAGGCAAUAUUGAUCAAAAUUUGCUUGAUGUGGGUGAAUCUCAUCAUCAAGGCCCACCCCCGGAAGUCGAAAGUCAUGCUGGGCGGUAUCUCACUGGGGACGCACAAUCUGAUUUGCACAUUCCUUCAUCUGCUAGAAACAUCAUGGCCAAGUUCAUACUGAGAGAUACGCCGACUAUCGAAGGACCCGAGCCCCUUGGCGGUCGAAUCGCACCGUCUGUUAGGCCUCCACUUGGGCGACAGCUCUUGGCCCCAGACCCCACCCAGGAAAAUGCAUCCAUGCGUGAACCAAUUCAUGAUUUUGAAUCGGACAGUUCCUUCGCGAUUGAAGAACAUGAAGCUCCUACUGGUCUAGAUGAAAGUUUGCAACCUGCUGGCUCCCAAGAGUCCGACCAAGAUGAGAUUAUCAGAGCCGACCUCACAAAAAACGCCCGGCAAGAGCUCCACGUUGAUGAACAUGAUGAUUCCAUGGCUUCUUCGGAACUCGCUGAAGCCGUGGAACCCCCAACAACGCCCGAACCUAGUCGCUCUUUGGAGGUUGUGAUCAGCACUAAAUCCCCCAAAGCACCGGCAGUUCCUGUUUCACACCACCCUGUCCCUGACCGUAAUGCCUCUAGACUACGUACCAAGCUUUGUUACUUCGCCCCACUUGCUACACUCAUCGAUCGCUAUGAUUCUUCAGUCGAUACCAUCUCAAUCGUGCACGAGGCUUCGCCGAUAACCCGAGCCAAAUCCGGUUUGAAAUUAUGGUUCGUGACUAUCCAACUUACCGAUCCCUCCAUGGCCGGCACGACUCUUCGUGCUCAGAUCUUCCGGCACUCCAAGGCCUCGAUGCCGGUAUUGGCGGAAGGCAACGCUAUCCUCUUACGCGACUUCAAGGUCCGCAAUCUUGAUCACACCGUGAUGCUUACCAGCGUCGAUUCAAGCGCAUGGGCAGUUUUCAGCAGUUCGGGUCCUGAUGCCGAGACAAACGGACCCCCUGUUGAAUAUGACUCGCAGGAACGUGCCUAUGCGUCUGGCUUACGUCGAUGGUACGUUGAAGUUGGCUCGGAUAGAGUUGCAGACCAUAUGCUCCAGGCAGCUAUCGAGAGAGACAGCGAAGAGAGUGGUAUGACACCAAGCGGUCAAGUGCCAAGCGAGUCAGGAAGUCCAGACUCCAAGCGUGGUUCCCAGCGCAAGCGCAAAAGCAAUCGAAGAGUCACUAUCCAUGAGCUUCGGGAUGGCACUCGUUACACCGAGGUCGGGCCCCCAACCAGUCGAAACAGCAGUGUUCACGAGUUGCGGGAUGGCACGUUGUAUGCUAAUAUUUGA